CGAUUUACUUUACACAGCCGAUGUUUUCAUUAACCUAGAAAACACGAAAUUGAACUCUGGUGAUGGAACGUUGCGUGAACAUAAAUUGAUUGUAAAAAAAAGUGUUAAUACCUCAAUUUGCUUAAACGGAUAGUGUGUUGGAAAUUUGAAAAUUCCUACUUUUUUAUGGUUGUGCUUCUAAAGUGUUUGUGCGAUGUGUUUGAUGAUGUACGAGGGAAGUUUAUUUCAGUUUACGAUUUGGACGAGCCCUCGAGAUUCGAGAACGGAAAUUAGGGAAAUAAUAAAAGUUACUUAGUGUCAACGUAAUGUAAAUAUUCAAUAAUAAUUUUAAUCUUAGCUAGCAAAUAAAAGAUGUAUAGUGUGGAAAUAGUAAGGACUUUUAUAGCUUUCCUCCUGCUUGCCGUUUCUACGUCACCGUCGGCAACACAGAACACCAUUAUUUCAGGAAGUUCGUUGUCUACAGUCACAGGGACAGUGACGCGGGUAGCAGCGGUGGUUGGAGGGGAUGCGGAAUUGGCUUGCGACUCGAGACCGCCGAUGCGAAAUGACAGCUUACUACUCGUCGUGUGGUAUAGAGACAACAAUCCCGUAUACAGCUACGAUACCAGGGUCCCAGGGCCGACUGCUCAUUGGAUGGACGAAGCCUUCGCAGAUAGAACGCACUGGGUCGGAGGUCCAACAUCUGCAUUGCAUAUCAAGAAUGUGCAAGCUCGAGAUCGGGCGACAUAUCGAUGUAGGGUGGAUUUCACCAUAUCACCAACGAGAAACUAUAGGAUUGCUCUUGAUGUCAUUGAGCUUCCGAGUAAGCCGGUGAUCUUUGACGAAUACGGCAAAGAAAUAUCCGGGAUUGCUGGCCCUUACAACGAAGGGGGAGAUUUCAAACUUAUUUGUUCCGUAAACGGGGGUAAUCCAACGCCAAGGAUCCAGUGGCUCCAUGGAGAAACAGUACUGGCUACAUUAGGGGCUGGUGAACUUCAGCCCGCAGGGUCAGUUAGGACGUUGGCCUUGUCAAUACGGAACGCAACACGGUCAAAAUUGGCGAAUUUGUACACAUGUACGGCGGAUAAUACUUUAAUGUCACCGCCUUUGAGAACUUCAGUUCGAGUGGACCUUUAUUUGAGGCCACUGACAGUAGAAAUACUGUCAAGAGAGCAGCCACUCUCAGUGGGGAGGAAAGCUGAGCUAUGGUGUCGGUCUACAGGGGCCCGACCGCCAGCCACCAUUACGUGGUGGCUCGGCAGCAAGCAACUCAAUUCUGUUGCGAAACAGCGGGAGUUAGACGAAGGCAACGAAACUCAAUCGUUGCUGCAGUGGACUCCUUUGAAAGAGCACAACGGCCAAGUGCUCUCGUGUCGCGCGGAACAUUCAAAGUUCAACAAAUCUACCAUUGAAAGCAGACUGCCGUUGAACAUUUAUUACGUGCCAGUGGCGACGAUCCAUCUUGGCUCCAAGAUGAACCCCAACGAUAUCGAAGAGGGAGAUGACGUCUAUUUCGGGUGCGAGGUCGACGCCAAUCCGCCAGCUUAUAAAGUCGUGUGGGAGCACAACGGUAUUUUACUUCAGCACAAUCCAUCAGGCGGCGUUAUACUAACAGGAAACACGAACUUGGCGUUACGGAAUGUAUCAAGACAUCAAGCCGGAAAAUAUACGUGCACAGCUUCUAAUGUCGAAGGGGAUGGAAAAUCACCUCCUUUACAUAUGCAAGUUGUAUACAAGCCCUUAUGCCGUAAGAAGGAAAUCAAACUGAUAGGAGCAGCGCUUCAGGAACCAACCAGCGUGGAAUGUGAAGUAGACGCCUUCCCCCCACCAGACACCUUCGAGUGGAUUCUUAACAACUCCGCGGGGUCUAUAAAAGUGGACCCUGAUCGCUUUACAAUAGAAGCAAAAGAGGGACGCUCUGUGCUAACCUACACGCCAGUGUCAGAUGUAGACUACGGCACACUGUCAUGUCGAGCAAUCAAUUUAGCUGGACAACAGACGUCGCCUUGUAUCUAUACAUUAUUGCCAGCCACAAGGCCUGAUCCACCUACAAACUGCACUGUGUAUAACUUGACUGACGAUUCGUUGGAUCUGCAUUGCCUAGCAGGUUAUGAAGGCGGUCUUCAAUGUGUCUACGUGGCUGAAGUAUGGGCUAACGAAGGACUAGUAGUAAAUGCAAGCAACGGAAUUGCACUUUGGAAUCUCAGAAGACUGGGAGCGAAGAGACAAUUGCAAAUAGUGGUGUACGCAGUAAAUGCAAGAGGAAGAUCUGAACAUAUUAAAUUUACUGUUGAGACUGCUCCGCGAUUAUCGCCGAGAACUGAAGCGCAAGAAGCAUGGGAAGUAAACUGGGCUGUCGGCGGCGUACUAGGAGCUGCUCUGACAGUCGCUAUUAUUCUUUGUCUUGCCCUUAUAGCUACGAGGAUACGACAUCGAUCUAGAGACUAUGAAGUAACGAUACCCUCGUCAAAAAACCAGAAGGCGAACCUACCUAAAAGAAAUUCACCACACGGACCAGACGACAGAAAUCCAGACUUAAUACCGUUAAGUAAAGGAGUAUCCGACUGUCCACCGGGCCCGCCGCAGUACUCCACGGUGGUCGCGACUCCCGAGCCAAAGAACUCGAGCAGUGCGCACAGCUUGGCACGUACUCACUCACCGAGCACGCCUUUAUCGCCGCACGCUCAGUACACUGAUUCACAGAGUGAGUCCGGUCGUGGUGGAGUGAACGGCACACUCAAAUCACAUCGAGAAGUGGUAACAACAAGAACACCCCUGCUCGCAGCUCAUCAAGAAAGCUGUGUGUAAUAUAAACAAUAGUUUUUAGUAAAUUUAAAAAAGUAAUUACUUGCUACAUCGAAUAAGGAUUCAUUGAGAAAUUAAACAAAAUUUUAAAGCCCCCUGUUAAUUUUACCAUUAUAGUGUGUAUGUUGAUUACAGAUGAUUUUGUAUUUAGAAGAAACAGAAUGAUACAUAAUAUCGAUACUUUGAGUUAAAAAGGCGUGAAAGAAAAUUUUAUCAACAAUGAUUUAUAGAUAUAUUUGGCUUAAAUUUUUAAGUUCUUUCCAUCUGUUUAGUCGAAGAAACAUUUUUCGUCAAAAAAAAUUUUUACUUAAAAAUUAAUGAAUGAGUGUUUUUCAAUCACCUUGCAAAUUUCUGGCUAUUACGUCUUUUUUCCCAAAAGUGUAUACUUAUUUAUCUAACCUAUCUACCAGAA